AUGGUGAUCGAGAACGACAUUGAGAGUUGCGGAAGUAGAGCGGUACAGUCGCACGCGAAUCCUCGCCAUCAUCGUCAGAAGCUUGAGGUGUACAAUGAGGUGCUUCGUCGAAUUCAGGAUUCCGAUUGUGAAGAGGCCCAUGUUCCUGGUUUCGAUGAUCAAUUAUGGCUUCACUUCAAUCGUCUUCCUGCUAGGUAUGCAUUGGAUGUGAAUGUGGAGAGAGCAGAAGAUGUUCUUGCUCAUAAAAGAUUGCUCGAGAUUGCAGAAGAUCCUGCUAAUCGUCCUGCAUUUCAAGUUCGUUUAGUACAGGUACACCCUUUUGGUAGCGCAAAUCAUAAUGAUUCUUCAAUGCAUUCAGAUCAAUCUGAGAAAGAAGAUGCACAGAGUUCUCUUAACUAUUCUUUAAAGCAAGGAAUUCAUGCACCACCUACGUUUGGUUCUUCCUCUAACCUUGAAACUCUUGCACUUCAAACAAAUAAAAAUAACAUUGAAGAUGGAGAGAAUGCUAUUGGUGUGACGCCAAACUUUAACCGGCCCAUGCACGAGAUUACCUUUUCAACAAUUGACAAGCCUAAACUUCUUAGUCAGUUAACUUUAAUACUUGGUGAGGUUGGACUAAAUAUUCAAGAAGCUCAUGCGUUUUCCACCUCUGAUGGGUUUUCCCUGGAUGUCUUUGUCGUUGAGGGAUGGCCUAAUGAGGAAACUGAGGAGCUCAAAGUUUUGUUGGAAAAGGAAAUCUGGAAGGUUAAGGACCAAUAUCUGUCAAAUCCGGGCAUACUAUAUUCCUUAAAUGAUCAACACCAGACAAGGAUGGAAUCGCCCCCUCAUUGCAUACAAAUACCAUCUGAUGGAGCUGAUGUCUGGGAAAUUGAUACCAGCCAGCUAAAAUAUGAAAACAAAGUUGGCUCUGGAUCAUUUGGUGACUUAUUCAGAGGCACUUAUUGCAGUCAAGAUGUGGCUAUCAAAGUUCUUAAGCCUGAACGCAUAAAUACAGAUAUGCUGAAAGAGUUUGCACAGGAAGUUUAUAUCAUGAGGAAGAUUCGACACAAGAAUGUUGUUCAGUUCAUUGGUGCAUGUACUCGGCCACCAAAUCUUUGUAUUGUUACUGAGUUUAUGUCUAGAGGAAGCUUAUAUGACUUUCUGCACAGACAACGGGGUGUGUUUAAACUUCCAUCUUUAAUAAAAGUAGCGAUUGAUGUUUCCAAGGGAAUGAACUAUCUGCAUCAAAAUAAUAUAAUUCACAGAGAUCUCAAGACUGCCAACCUUCUGAUGGAUGAAAAUGAAUUGGUCAAGGUUGCUGAUUUUGGGGUCGCCAGAGUGCAAACUCAGUCUGGAGUGAUGACAGCUGAAACUGGAACGUACCGCUGGAUGGCUCCUGAGGUCAUUGAACACAAACCAUAUGAUCAAAAGGCUGAUGUUUUCAGUUUUGGAAUAUCACUUUGGGAGCUUUUAACAGGAGAGUUGCCUUACUCUUACUUGACCCCAUUACAAGCAGCUGUUGGUGUCGUGCAGAAGGGUCUACGGCCUAUAAUUCCCAAACAUACGCAUCCAAGACUUUCUGAACUACUAGAGCGGUGCUGGCAACAAGAUCCAAAGGAGAGACCAGCUUUCUCUGAAAUAAUUGAAAUUCUUCUGCAAAUAGCAAAAGAGGUCAAUGAUGAAAAAUUAGAUAGACACAAAGAUAAGUCAUCCCAUGGUUUUCUGUCAUCACUUAGGCGCGGCCAUCACUGA